AUGUGUGAAGAGAAUAACAUAAAUACAUUUAUCGAUAAUGCCGAUGAUGAAAACACAAUAUCACUUAAAUUAGGACAAAUAUGGAUUAAAUAUACAUGUGGUGUAUUAAAAAUUCGUUAUUAUCAACAUUAUUUUCUGUCUGAUAUAAAUUUAUUGGAAAAUUAUCCUAUAGAAUUGUUAGAUAAAGCGUGUUCUAUAAUUGAAAAUGCUCAACUUGCACAUUGGUCUGGUUGGGGUAACACAUUUUACUUUGAUAAAAUACAUCAUAUGAAUUCGAGUCAUAUUAUAAAAACAGUACCAAAAUUACUUAGACCAGCAAUCGAUUAUUAUAAAAUGAAUAAAAAAUAUUUUUCUGGUGCUAAAUGUAUGGAUCAAGUUUUUACAACAUAUAUGAUUUGA